AGACUCAGCGUUGGGACACCCAGGAGAGCGAGGACGGACUUCCAGCAGGGUAAAGAGCCAUGUUGCGCCGCAAACCCUCCAACGCCAGCGAGAAGGAGCCCACUCAGAAGAAAAAGCUCUCACUUCAGCGCUCCAGCAGCUUCAAGGAUUUUGCCAAAUCCAAGCCCAGCUCCCCUGUGGUGAGCGAGAAAGAAUUUAAUCUGGAUGAUAAUAUUCCAGAAGAUGAUUCCGGUGCCUCCACCCCAGAGGACCCUGGGAAGAGUGGCAAAAAGCUGGGGAAGAAGUGGCGGGCCGUGAUUUCCCGAACUAUGAACAGGAAGAUGGGCAAGAUGAUGGUGAAGGCCCUGUCAGAGGAGAUGGGAGACACUCUGGAGGAGGGCUCAGGCUCCCCAACAUCUCCAGACUUCAGCCUGGACAGCCCCGGCCCUGAGAAGAUGGCACUGGCCUUUUCAGAGCAGGAAGAGCGUGAGCAUCCAACUCUCAGCCGCCAGACCUCCAUCAGCAGUGAGGUCUCCAGCCCUGGCCCAGGCGCAGGCAACUUUGGAGAGGAGCCACCAGCUCCCCAGUACACAGGACCCUUCUGUGGCCGGGCCCGAGUCCACACCGACUUCACCCCCAGUCCCUAUGACCAUGACUCCCUGAAACUGCGGAAAGGCGAUGUGAUCCAGAUUGUUGAAAAGCCACCAGUGGGGACAUGGCUGGGCCUCCUCAAUGGCAAGCUGGGCUCUUUCAAGUUCAUCUACGUGGAUGUGCUGCCCGAGGAGGCUGCGGGACCUGCCCGGCCCAGUCGCCGCCAGAGCAAGGGCAAGAGGCCCAAGCCCAAGACGCUGCACGAGCUGCUGGAACGCAUCGGCCUGGAGGAACACACGUCCACCCUGCUGCUCAAUGGCUACCAGACCCUGGAGGACUUCAAAGAGCUGCGGGAAACACACCUUAAUGAGCUGAACAUCACAGACCCACAGCACCGGGCCAAGCUGCUCACGGCUGCAGAACUCCUGCUGGACUAUGACACUGGCAGUGAGGAGGCAGAGGAGGGUGCCGAGAGCAGCCAGGAGCCCACGGCACACACAAUGUCCGUGUCGGGACCCAAGGUGGACAUUCCUCGCGACUCGGGCUGCUUCGAGGGCUCGGAGAGCGGGCGCGAUGAGGGGGAGCUGGCAGGCGCCGAGGAGCAGUUGCAGGGCCUCUCCCUGGCCGGGGUCCCCUGAGGCGGAGGUGGCAACCGACCCUGGGCCUCGGCUGGACCUGUAAAGCAAAGGCUGGGAGGAUGGGCCCAGAGGACUGGCACUGUGCCUGGCUCUGUUUCACCACACGCGCCUGAAGCUGCAGAGGCCAGCCCAGGGCUCCAGGCUGGAGUGGCAUGGAUGAGGGGCCAUCUCAGGGCCCACCCGCUGCACACCCUCCCUCCACCGGCUCCCCACUGC